CUCGGCGUAUGUCCGGGUUAGUGCUGACGCGUCCCUCUUCUCUCCGUACACCGACGUGUCAGUCUUCUUGUGUCCAGAGCUGAGCAGCAGCAACAGCAGCAGACACGCCGGUCAAUCCGCAGACAUGGCUCCCAAAGGCAGCAACAAGCAGCAGUCGGAGGAAGACCUCCUCCUCCAGGACUUCAGCAGAAACCUCUCGGCCAAGUCCACCGCGCUGUUUUACGGGAACGCGCUCAUCGUGUCCGCCAUCCCCAUCUGGCUGUUUUGGAGGAUCUGGCACAUGGACCUUGUCCAGUCUGCGGUCCUGUACGCCGUGAUGACCCUGGUCAGCACCUACCUGGUGGCCUUCGCCUACAAGAACGUCAAGUUUGUUCUCAAACACAAAGUUGCCCAGAAACGUGAAGAUGCUGUUUCCAAGGAGGUAACCAGGAAGCUGUCUGAGGCAGACAACCGCAAGAUGUCUCGCAAGGAGAAAGACGAGAGGAUCCUGUGGAAGAAGAACGAGGUCGCUGACUACGAAGCCACCACCUUCUCCAUCUUCUACAACAACACUCUCUUCCUGGUCCUCGUCAUCGUCGCCUCCUUCUUCCUGCUCAAGAACUUCAACCCCACUGUCAACUACAUUCUGUCGAUCAGUGCCUCCUCCGGACUCAUUGCUCUGCUGUCCACAGGCUCCAAAUAAAGGAGGAAGAAAAAUUGGAGGGAUGAAUGGGUGGGCUUGGAUUAGGAGUGGGUAAAAGACGUGUAUGCUAUAUUGUUUUUCACUUAAGUUAGGAAUGGGGUUUAAGGGGGGGCGGCGGCGGCUAGGAUAUCACAUUUCAACUUCAUGAAAUUCAUGAUCAAAUGUCUGGAGGGUGUUCCUCCAGGUCUGUCUUCUGUUUUUUGUAACAAAUAAAGCAACCAGGUAUACUUCUCA